UGCGCGUGCCCGCGCGCCCGCGCUCGGGGGUUGGGGCCGCGGGGCCUGCGUGCGCGUCCCUCCGCUAAGGCUCGGGUGACCUCUUCCCGCCCCACGCGUCAGGCGUGGGAUCUGCAGGGCAGGGCGGGUGAUUUCUGGGGUGAACGAACCCCAAGGCCAGAGGGCAGAGACCCGGGAGCCAGCUGCCCAAGGCCGAGGCCAGGCAAGUGGAGGUGAGACGCUGCUGCCCCAGCAUGAACUGCACCCCCAGAAACAGGAAGUAGAAGCUAGAGCAGCUAUCUGUCUGCCAUGGCUUGUGAGCCUCCCACAGAUCUUGGUGGGGCAGCUGGUCCCUUGCCCACCUCUAUCCUGGGCUGCAACACCCUGCCUCAGGGGAACCCUUCUGGCUGGGGGCAAGAGCUCCACAAUGGCCAGGUUCUCACAGUCCUCCGGAUCGACAAUACCUGUGCACCUAUCUCCUUUGACCUGGGAGCUGCAGAAGAGCAACUGCAGACCUGGGGCAUUCAGGUCCCCGCUGAGCAGUACCGGAACUUGGCUGAGAGUGCUCUCUUGGAACCUCAGGUGAGGAGGUACAUCAUCUACAACUCCAGGCCCAUGAGGCUGGCCUUCGCUGUGGUGUUCUACGUGUUGGUGUGGGCCAACAUCUAUUCCACAAGCCAAAUGUUUGCCCUGGGCAACCAGUGGGCAGGUGUGCUGCUUGCGACCUUGGCCGCUGUCAGCCUGACCCUGACCCUUGUGCUGGUCUUUGAGAGGCAGCAGAGGAAGGCUAACACUAACACGGACCUGAGGCUGGUGGCUGCCAAUGGAGCCCUUCUGAGAUACCGCGUGCUGCUGGGGGUGACAGACACAGUGGAGGGAUGCCAGAAUGUGAUCCAGCUCUGGUUUGUGUACUUCGACCUGGAGAACUGUGUGCAAUUUUUGUCUGAUCAUGUUCAAGAAAUGAAGAGGAGCCAAGAGUCCUUGCUGAGAACCAGAUUAAGCCAGCUGUGUGUCGUCAUGGAGACUGGAGUGAGCCCUGUGGUGGAAGGGCCUGAGGAUUUGGAGGAUGCUCCCCUUCUGCCCAGCACCCCUGGUCCUCAGGAGAGACCACUCACACAGACUGAACUCUAUCAGCUUGUUCCAGACGCUGAGCCUGAGGAGAUGGCCCGGCAGCUACUGGCAGUGUUUGGUGGCUACUACACCCGGCUCCUGGUGACCUCUCAGCUCCCUCAGCCAAUGGGAACACGACACAUGGACUCUGCAAGGAUCCCAUGCCCCUGCCAGCUCAUAGAAGUACACAUUCUGGGCACAGGAUGUUGCCCAUUCCUGGCCAGGUGACCUAGGGAUGAAGAUGUCUUCCUCCAAGACUGAGAACUGGGGGAGGAGUCAGGAGCCCAGCAUGGCCAACAGUGAGAACAGAUGAAGUCAGUGUUUGGGGACACUUUAGCAAGUGUCAGUCAUGUAGGUCUUGGGGCCAUCAAGUGCACGCCAGAUACCUUCUUGGCAUCAUAUGUUGCCCUGGCCUUGCUGAAUCUGGUGGCUGAGCCGGAGUUACCUGGGCUUGCUGCCUGGAUGGAGGAUCCCUUCUGUUGCCUGCAAAACCCUAGGGACCUGCGGCAGACUCCACACACAGGGCAAGUCCUGGACCCUUGGUGUCAGAAAGCAAGACUGAGGCUCAGAGAGGAUGCUGCUCUUUCAACAUUGCCUCAGGCUGCCUGUGUCACAAGCCUACCUGCUUUCCCUGUGAGGGAAGAUUCCCAGAAGGGUGAGCUAGCUUGUGAGCUACAGUACUGUCUAGGAUUGUCGUCUGUUAGCACCCAGGUUACAGAGGGCCAGGGUUGGAGGACAGGGGUGAGGUGGAGACAAAGAGCCAAUGACCAUCAACAGGGCCCUGGAAAAGAAGAUCCUGUUGGACUCAGACUGUCUUUGUGCGGCAACAUGCUGGCGUGAGAUUGUGUUUCUGACCUGCCGAGCAGCAGUGGUGUUGUCUGACGCUAACACUGUUCUGGAAUGAAGUAUGAUCAGACACUCUGGGCUUGUGUGAAGAACUGAGACUUUCCCAAAGUUUGAAGACUGUCCACAGCCCUAUGCCCAAAGCCCUGGUCUGGUGUGAAGAUCCUACUCCAAGAACCAGCCUUUGUGGUUUUUGUCCCCCACAAAUCAUCAUUAUAAGUUGGAACUCUUCCUUGAACUGGCAUAUGUAUUCAUUCCUGUUGGACUCUUAGUCAUCCCUCAAAAUCCCGCUUUUCAUAUCCUUCCUGCUCUUCUCUGUCAUUGGAAUUCCUGAUGGAAGUGUUCCCCUUGUGGGUGUUUUAUGUUAUUCCAUGUUUCUCCUGCACGUACCUUUUUUUUCUAUCAAGACUGUAAACUCCUCAAGGUCCAACACUGUACCUGUCUUCCUUUUGUGAAUGACCUGGACUUGCUUAGAAAAAAAAGUAAUUCUGAAAAGUCCUAUGGAUUGGUUGCCUCACCGUAUCCACUGGUUGUGGCAAAUGCUUCUGUCAAACAUGGUUGAAUGAUAAGACCCAGGUCACGAUGGGCCAGAGAUCUGGUCUUGAGCUAUGUCUCUUUAUCUGUGCACCUUCCAUUUGACAAUCUCCACAGGCUGGAUGACUUGGGUAAUUUCCAGCUUACUGUGUUGUUUGUCUUACCUCUGCGCACCAAGCGCUCCCCAGGCCCCAUGCUGAGGCAUCCCUGGUGGGAGCCUUUAGAGGGAGCACUGGCCUAAGCUAGUAACCUGGAUUCUUGUUGCUCAUCUGCCACCUCCAGGGCCGUGUGACCAUGGCUGAGCGCGUUGCCCACUGACUCCUUUCUAGAGUGAUGGCAGUGGACUGGAACCACACAGCUCAGGAGAUUGUCAGGGUAAGACAUGUCCUACCUCUUUGUGUCCUGUGUCCAAAAGGGAGGAGCCCCCUAGCCAUGUACCAGGGAAGCUUUGCUCGGUGGAAUCACUCAUUGUCUUUUGAGCCAUGGGAAAUGUCACUGUGAAGUCGAUCAGGGGAAGCCUAUGCUUGUCCUCUGGUCACAGAACUCUUGAGUAUAGUGAUGAAAAAAUAAAACCGUGUGGCGAGUGGUGGAGCAGCUUGCUCAUGGAGGCUUGGUAUGGUCCUUUUACAUUUUCUCUGCCUGCUCGAUGCGACUUAUGGGGUGAGCCCACGGUGGACAUAUUUGUGAGUGUGCCUCAGUUUCCUCCUUUGUAAAAUCCACGUCUCACCUGAUUCACAAGGUUGCCGUGAGGAUGAACCAUCUAGCUUUUAUUUUUUAAAAAAAUAGUUUUAAUCAUAUCCCUGUGCACAUGAGUUCUGGGAAUUAAACUCAGGUCCUCUGCAAGAGUGGUUCAUGCUCUUACUUCUGAGCCAUCUCUACAGCCCAGCACUCCUAGGUCUUAAGGUUUGAUACCCAUCAGAGGCAUGAGCCAUGGACACACCACGAAGGUAGGAGCAUUCAAAGACAAGUCCUGCCUGCCAUCUUGUCUCUGUCCCAUCAGUCACCAGGGAGGAAAGCACAUGCCUGGCAGAUGUUUCAAACUGAAUGGAAACAGCCUUCAGUGCUUGCAACACCAAGUCACAAGCUGGAGCAGGAACUCAACAACCUGUCGCCGUUUCGCUUUUAAAUCCUUGCUGUCUGGUAUACAGUAGGUGCUCACAUGUGUUUGACUCUUGUCUCAUGUUCAAUUAUUCCAGCACCUCAGGGGUAUAUAUGCAAAUAAAGAGCUGUCAAAUCUCAA